AUGAAUUUAUAUCUUCCUGAAAUUGUGACGUUUCGAACUCUCCACGAGUUCCUCUUCAGACGAAUAUAUGUUCUCUUGUUGGAUCGGCCGGAGUUAACAUCUACUGGUGUAAGGGAUUUGAACGCUGCAAAGAAGAUUUCUCCGAAGUCCUCCACAAAGAAGCCAGCCGCUAAGAAAGUAUCCCCAAAGCCCUCCGCUAAGAAGGCGUCCGCCAACAAACCACCGACGAAGAAAAACGGAGUGAAGAAGGACAAAGAAAUAAAGUGGAAACCUCGUCCCUCGGCGCCCUCAUUAAGGUCCCCCUCCCAGCCAGGGCGUCACUUGCCUCUCCCGCGCCGCCGCAAGCGCAUCGGAAAGUCUCUCGACGCCUUCUCCCCUCGUCCUGUCGCCAUGUCGAGCACGUCCGCCAAGCGCCCUCCAGCCAAGCGCGCCCAUCCCAAGUACAGCGAGAUGGUCGCCGCCGCCCUCAGGGCCCUCAAGGAGCGCAACGGGUCCUCUCGCCAAGCCAUCCUCAGGUUCAUCCUCGCUUCCUUCCAGGUUGGGGACGAGAGGGCCGCCGGCGUGCACCUGAAGCAGGCGCUGAGGAGGGGCGUCGCCGGCGGGUCCCUGCAGCAGACUAAGGGCACCGGCGCCUCUGGUUCCUUCAAACUUUCGAAAGAGGAGCUGAAGAAGGCUGCGCCCAAGAAGAAGACACCCAGCGCUAAGACUGCAACAAAGAAACCCAACGCUAAGACUGCAACAAAGAAACCCAGCGCUAAGACUGCAACGAAGAAACCCAGCGCUAAGACUGCAACAAAGACACCCAGCGCUAAGACUGCAACAAAGAAACCCAGCGCCAAGACUGCAACAAAGAAACCCGGCGCUAAGACUGCAACAAAGAAACCCAGCGCUAAGACUGCAACGAAGAAACCAACAACACAGAAACAGACUCUCAAGAAAACAGCAGCUAAGAAACAAACCACAAAGAAUGGGAAGAGCUAG